AACAAGCAACUUUCCUGUCUGUUCUUGAAACUUUAAGUACCUAGGGUGGCCAUUCCCACAUGCAUAGGAAGGGAAAUCAGUGAUGACAUCUUUAUUACAGAGUACUGUCUCCAGAAAUUUUAACUUGCAAUUGAAACAGCAGCGAGACAAACUAAAGCAAUAUCAGAAAAGGAUAUCAUUGCAGCUGGAGAAAGAGAGAACCUUUGCUCGACAGCUACUCAAAGAUGGCAAGAAAGACAAAGCCAUGUUUCUGCUGAAGAAAAAACGAUACCAAGAGCAACUGCUGGACAAAACAGAAAACCAGAUUAGCAACCUAGAACGCAUGGUUCAAGACAUUGAAUUUGCUCAAAUUGAGAUGAAAGUGAUUGAAGGCCUAAAAAUUGGCAAUGAGUGUUUAAAUAAGAUGCACCAGGUUAUGUCAAUAGAAGAAGUGGAAAGGAUCAUGGAUGAAACCCAAGAAGCUGUAGAGUACCAGAGGCAAAUAGAUGAGAUGCUGGCUGGCAGCUUCACUGUAGAGGACGAAGAUGCCAUCUUAGCUGAAUUAGAUGCUAUCACUCAGGAACAGAUUGAUCUUCCAGAAGUUCCCUCUGAGCCUCUCCCAGAAGAUGUUCCAGAAACAUCCCCAGUCAGAGUCAAACCAAAGCCAGAAUUGGUGGCUGCGUCUUAACUUCAGUUCCUGGGGAAUCCUUCCACAGCAUCCUGGAAUCCCAGCAUGCCUGGAGUGCGCGAGGCCUCCAUGGUAUCCUGUUGGCACUGAACAGCCAUGCUGGAGCAGGUUUCCUGCACAGAAUAGAAGCUGUAACUGGUUAAUGUUCCCAUAUCAAGAUUAUUUUGUAGUGUGCACACUCCUCCUUUUUUUAAAAAAAAAACUUAAAUUGGAUUAAAUUAUGACUCUCAGACCCUUCAAGCCAAAUGCUUUCUACAGACCAGAUUUCAGCUGGAGACCUGUCUCAGAUGCCAGCACAGCCUCUUGCUAACUCUGCCUAAGCCUCCCCCGGUUCUUCUAUGGAGCUUACAGGCACUGUGAAGAGUUAGGAGCUUUCUGUUGCUACGCUGAGGAAAGAACUGCUGGGGACUCUCUCAGCUUUCCUUUUCACCUGCCUGUCUUCACCUCUCUUUGCAAGAGUGGGAUUCUUGACCAACAGCCUGUACCUGCAUUAGACAGUGAGUUUGGCGCUGAGGCGGGAGCCUUCCUUCCAUCACCAGCGGCAGCUACUUGCGCUAACUAGCUAGUGGAGACACAAGAGAAGGACCUCAUGUUCAGUGCCCUUUUGAGAUGAAUAUAUUUACAUUUCUAUGCACCAGGAAGCAAUGCAAGGCCACAGGGCUCAAGCUCUUAAAAAUAUAAAAUAGAAGCCCUCUUUCCUACCACAUUAGGAGUCUUUAAAGCAGUUGCUAAGGGUUAAUGCUUAAAAUCCUACGCUGGCCUCCUGCUUUUUCUUCUUCUUCCUCCAGAAAUUCAGAAUGUGAAAAUGCUGAGCAGAAUUCAGGAGUUAUUGGAGAAGGCUGGAGUCCUAUUAAUUGUGAAGCCGUUUCUUAUACUCUCCUUAGACUGUCACAGCAGUGCAGAAAUGCUGAUCCAGAUGCCACAUCACCUUUUUUUCUGUGGCAGGAGAUGCCUGCUAGCUUGACUUUGGUCUUGCGUUACUGAGUGGAGAAGGGGUUAGGGAAAUGGCAAGACCAGGCUGCCCACUCGGGGAUAAACAUUCUUUUCCUCAUGUAGAAGACCUGAAUGUUUCUGUGGUUUUCCACCUAUGGGAUGUGGCGAAAGGCUGGAUCCCAAUUUAUUCUAUGCGAUCCGGAUCUGCCCUGCAAAAUGUCAAAGACUUGACUGGGGAGUACAUGGCUUCAGAUGCCCCAAACUGUAGCCCUGACCAGCCUGUCUCGUCACUGUAACCCAUGGCGGUAUCCCAAAUGAUACAUCCUCGAGAGCCAGCUGGUCUGCGCUGGGCAUGACCUUUGUGUCUAAAUGACCUGCCGAUGUACGGUGACCUUUCUCUGUGGCUGAGUAGUUGAAUGGGUUGGUGCAGGGGAUUGUUGGAUGUGUGAUUUGUGAAAUCUGCUGCAGCAGUCAUUGAGGUUCCUCCUAGUAUAUGGAGUCAACAGCUCAGAUGGAGGAAAAUAGACACCUCUUUCUUUCCUCCUUGCUCCACCUACUGGAAAUGAGUAAUGUACUUUCAUGCAAAAUAUGAGAAAUAGCACUGUGGCAUUGGGUGUCUCUAAAGGUGCCAUUUUUCGAGUGGGUUUUCAACUGAAGCCCUGUUGCUGGGCAGAAUCCUGGAUGCCUGGCCAUCAAAGGGCUCAGCCAGCACUUGUUUGUUUCCAUCCCUUGGGUCCCCGAGGGCCACGAUCCUUUCAUAUUACACCCGAGAUGCUGUCCUCCCACUUCACAACUAGGCAAGUCCUUAUGAGCAUGAGGAAAGUUAACCAAUGAUUUGGGUACAUCUUUGACCGGAUGGGUCAUGCUUAGCUCCUGCUUUUAAUAAUGUGCUCAUAUGCCACACUGGUCAUCAUGGCGCCCUUUGGCCAGUUUUUACACCAGGAGUAGGUAGCUGUGACCACCUGGGUGUUUAUGGAUUGUGGUGCCCAUCAGCCCUCACCAUUUGGCUAUGCUGGCCCAGACUGAUGGGAACUAUAGCCCGGAAACAUAUGGGAAACUGCAACUUGCCCACCCUUGCUUUAUACUUUGGGAGCUAAAUAGAUAAAAUAAGUACAUUGUGGUUUCUUAAAUCCAGUUGUGCCUGUGGCCAGUUCUCAUUCUUCGGUACUGCUAUGUUUGCUUUGUUCGCUAGGUGGCAGCCCUCCCUUUCCCUGUUCAUUGCUGGCUGGGAACGAACAUUCUCUCCGUCUGAGUAGCUCUCUGUUGGUUGCAGUGGUUUUUAGUUCUUUGAGCAAAUGUAAGGGUGUCCCUGAAGGAGCACAGAGUCUUUCCCCCUGGUGUCAUGGGGAAGGUACAGACAUUCAGCUCCCCUGCAGUGAAUUCUUAGUGUGCUCCAUUGGGCCCACAGUGGACAGUGUGGCUCAGUGCCUGUGGGACGGAGGGGCAAGGAGGGAUUUCUUCUUUUCCACUGCCAAUAAGAACAGGGGUGUGGGGAGAGAGCUAGUGGGACUUGGAGGUCUGCUAGUCCCCGUGGGAAACAGCAUUGCAGAUGUGCAAAGUGGCCUUAGAGAGCAACCAUGGAGCUCACUAAAUUGCUUUCCUUUCUGAUUUCCCAGCCUGUGCCCUCUGGUUGAAGCUAGGUGAGAUUAAUGCUCUCAUCCUGUCUCUCUGAUGGCUCCAAACUCUCCACUUGCUGUUCAUGAGCAAAAGUAUUUCCAUUUCUCGGCUGAAUCCUUCGUGGCUCCUCAAUCAAAAUAAAGAGGAACAGUGCAAGUGGCAACAAUAAAGUGUUUCUGAUGCCUUUGCU